AUGGACGUACAGAAGCUUGCUAAAAGGCUAAACGAGUCCUGUAAAGUCCAGAUUGAUGCAGAAGACUAUAUUCGUGGCAUCGAUUUAAUAUUCGAAGAUUCCCCUGCAGAAAAGCUAGAACAGGGACAAAUUCUCGUUAGGGCUUUCCAAGACCAUUCGAAGUCUCGCCAAUAUCUUAUCGAAAAGGUACAUAGCGAUGUUGAGAAGUCUCUGCGAGUGUUUCAAGAAUGUGACAGUGGCGCUAUCUCGGUCUUGGUGGAUUGCUUCGGUAAUCAGACCGAUUCAGACACCCUUGUGCUUGAAAUCAAGCGAGGAUUACAGGACAAAAGGCUUAAUGUAGUGUUUUUGUUUACAGUCAUGGUGCAACUGCUUAGCAAGUACCAUUACAAUUUUGUGUCCUUGAAGUUUGUGAUUAAAGAGAUCAUCCUGCGGUGCUGUGAGGCGGAAAUAAGACCGCUAAUGCUGGUCAUAUUUGCUCAAUUAGACAAGGGAUACAAAGGCGAAUUCGAGAAAUACUUGCUCGAUAUCAUAGGUUCACUUUUGAUAGAGGCCGAUGCGGAAGCGACCGAUGGCUCGCUUUUGAUUGUGGUUGAGCUUUUGACUCAGCUUUAUCCUGCUUCCACCGCGCUGUGCACCAGUGUCUUUCUCGGUGAAGAAUUUCAGGAAGUAUCGAAGAGAAAACUGUUUAAAAGCGAUGAAACCCUUGCAUUUAACCUUUUAACGUUGUUGUCUGUGGCUUGCGUCGAUGAAACUGUCAGAUGUUAUAUCGCCGAUAACUACAUCGAUGCCUUGGGCGAAGGUGUCAAAACAGAAAAGUUCAAAGCUCACUCCGCUUUGGUCUUGAUUAAGACUUGGAGUUUCAGCAAAUUGAAAGGCAUGACGGUUGAAAGCUUAGGGCGGAUUCUUAUAGACGCUCUCGGGAAAUCAGAACAACACAGUGAGAUAGCAGUAGAAGGACUGGCUUACUUAACCCUGAAGCCUUCUGUGAAGGCUAUGUUCUUACGAGAUAAUGAUGCAUUACUUGAUUUAGUUUCAAUGCUAAAGUCUUCGCAAAGCGCGCCUAUAGUGAGCUAUGGUAUACUGGUCGUUGUCGGCAAUUUAUCAAGCAAACUGGAGGACUUAAACUCAGCGGAGCACUCAGCGCAUGGCCUGAGAGCAUAUGCAGACAUGAAGCGCCUAGACCAGGAAGAAGCAGAAGGUGCAGAUGCAGCUUUAAGCAAUGAGGACAUAGCUACCUUCAAUCGUGACAUUGUUAUUGAGCUGAACGUCCUGGGGAUAUCAAAAGCCAAGCUCAGCUCGCAAAGUAGCGGCUUCCGGCUGCAACUUGUCAGGAUCAUCCACAACUUGGUAAGUAGUAAGGGGUUGGUUGCAGAGAGUGUCAAGCAGGGUAGCGUCACUAUCUUGCUGGACGCUCUAUCAUCAGCAACCACGCCUGAAAAUUUCAAGAAGCUGGCCCUCCGGUCGCUUGCAAGGACCCUUGUUAUGAUAAACCCUGAACUGAUUUUCCUUCGGUAUUCUGCUUUGAAUGUGCUGCCAUUCCUUUUUGACUUAAUUCCUGAUCCAGAGGCGCCUUCCGCUGGCGUCGAGACCACCCCAAGAGAUUCAUAUGAGGCCCUGCUUGCUCUCACAAAUCUAGCAACGCUGCAAGACAAGAGUGUUUGCGAAAAGAUAAUAUCCACUCCACCUUACUGGAGUAAGAUCGAAAACCUAAUGCUGGACACUGCAGUGGAAAUACAAAGAUCAACUCUUGAACUCCUGUGCAACCUAAUGGCAGGUUCCUUACACCUUGCAGCAAAGUUCUUCAACUUCGAAAAUCCUCGCAGUGUGCGCAAUUUCAACAUUUUGGCCAAGCUUCUGAACCUCGAAGACUUAAGGUCUCAGUUGGCAGUUUCUGCGAUUUUUGCCAAUGUUGCGAGUUCAGUUCCUUUCAUCGCCCAGGAACUUGCAAGCAAGAAAGAACUCUUAGAUAAUGCUACGGAAGUCUUGCAAAAGCAAUGUAACGAGACGGAGCUGAGGCAUCGCCUUAUAGUUUUUUUCGAUGCACUAGCUAGCUCAUCAGCUGAAGUCCGCCGAUCUUUGUCUCAUGUGUCUUCUUUGCGCAACGCUCUCCUUACUGCUCGCAAAUACGAGGCGAACUAUCCUUCGGAUUAUCUGGAGGCUCUCGAUUCAAUCUUAGGAGCUCAUUAG